AUUCCACACAGGAAGAUCACACCAUCCCUCACCAUCAUCAGGGUGUAAAUCUGGAAGAUAUCAAAGUUGAACAUAAAGAGGAAGAAGAAGAGAGGUUGGUGAGUGGAGAUCAGCAGUCUAUGGAGGAGAUGAUUAUGAAAAGUGAACAGGAGGAAUCUUCUCUACAUAUGGACACAAAUGGGACCUAUGUCUGGAAUACGGGAGAAAGACAUCUUCUUUCAUCUUCAGACUGUAAUACGGAAGAAAAUAUUACUCAGAACAUACAUCUCAAACCUUACCAUAUGGAGACAUCAAUGGAUCUCUCUAACCCUAAAGAAUCGUCUGGCCAAUCACAUACUAUUACUCCAGAUGUCCAUCUGAGAUCGCACACUGUGGAAAGAACAAUAGAUCCAUCUGAUUCCAAGGAAUCUCUAUGUUUAGUGUGUGGUAACGUAGCGUUUGUUAGACAUGAGAAAAGUAAUACAGUUGAGCAUCCCUAUUCAUGUGCAGAGUGCAGGAAGUGUUUCAUUCAGCGUGGAGACCUUCUAAGACACACAAAAAUCCACAAAACUGAGCGUCCUUUUACCUGUUUAGAGUGCGGGAAAUGUUUCGGUGGAAAAGAAAAGCUUAUAAUACACCAGAGAAUUCACACGGGUGAGCGUCCUUAUUCAUGCUCAGAGUGCGGGAAACGUUUCUCUGUGAAAGGAACACUUACUGUACACCAGAGAAAACACACGGGUGAGCGUCCUUAUUCAUGCUCAGAGUGCGGGAAAUGUUUUGGUGGCAAAGAAAAGCUUAUUACACACCAGAGAAUUCACACUGGCGAGCGUCCUUUUUCAUGCUCUGAGUGCGGGAAAUGUUUCUCUGUGAAAGGAACACUUACUGUACACCAGAGAAGCCACACGGGAGAGCGUCCUUAUCCCUGUUCAGAGUGUGGGAAAUGUUUCAUUCAGAACACAGACCUUCUAAGACACAAGAGAAUUCACACGGGUAAACGUUCUUUUUCCUGUUUAGAGUGCGGGAAAUGUUUUAUUGAUAAAGAAAAACUUACUACACACCAGAGCAUUCACACCGGUGAUCGUCCAUAUUCAUGCUCAGAGUGCGGGAAAGGUUUCACUGGGAAAGGAAAGCUUAUUAUACACCAGAGAAUUCACACGGGUGAGCGUCCUUUUUCUUGUUCAGAGUGCGGGAAGUGCUUUGCUGAGCAUGGGAGACUUCUUAGACACCAGAGAAUACACACAGGCAAUCGUCCUUUCUUAUGUUCAGAGUGCGGGAAACAGUUCAUUGAAAAAAAUGACCUUCUUAGACACAAAAGAAUUCACGCAGACAAACGUUCAUUCUCCUGCUCAGAGUGUGGGGAAUGUUUCACUGGGAAGGAACAACUUGUCAGACAUCAGAUAAUUCACACUGGUGAGAGUCCUUUGUUGGUAUGAGUGCGGGAAAUGUUCCAUUGAAGAAGGAAGACUUUCUGCACUCACAAAGAAGAACGUCCUUGAAACUUACUAGCAUUCGCUAUGGCAAAACCAAACAUCUUCUCCAGUUCUGCUGGAUAGUCGCUGAACAAUAGAAGGCGUGUGAACCCUGGAUAUGGUGACAAACCACAUUGAAGUCUAUGAGAGACAAAUCUUGAGGGACGCAUUAACCACUUCAACCCCGGGUAGUUUUUCCCCUUCAUGACCAUGCCAUGUUUUGCGAAAAACGGCACUGCGUUACUUUAACUGACAAUUGCGUGGUUGUGCGACGCAAGCAUUAUAGCGUCUACAAACU